CCUGGGGCGGGCGUCGCGGCGAAGUCCCGGCGCGGAGGGCUCCAGGAGCGGUGACGGUUGGCGCUGUGCGGUCAGUAGAGACGGAGGGCCCUGGGCGUCCUGACCUGUGCCUGCCUCGGAGCCCAGCAGCGGUCCUUCGCGGGCCCCCAGGCGGCUCCGGUCCUGCACACGAGCCACACUCGACCCCUCGCCCUGUUGGGGAAGCCGGUGCCGUCCGCCUUCCAGCGCGAGUCCUCUUCCAUCUCAGUGAAGAAGAAUGACCGGGCGAGCGAGAGCCAGAGCGCGAGGACGGGCGCGCGGCCAGGAGACGGUGCAGCACGUGGGGGCCGCGGCCAGUCAGCCCCCUGGCUUCGUCCAGCCUCGGCCGCAGCAGCCAGCAGCGGAGGGGGAUCUAGUUGGCCGUGGACGACAGAGAGGAGCAGGCGGAGCGCCGGCCAAGUCACAAGAGCUCCAGAUGUCGGCCGGCUUCCAGGAGUUGUCGCUCGCAGAGAGAGGGGGUCGGCGUAGAGACUUCCACGACCUUGGUGUGAACACACGACAGAACCUCGACCACGUUCGAGAGUCGAAAACAGGCUCUUCCGGCGUCGUCGUGCGGCUGAGCACUAACCACUUCCGCCUGACGUCCCGUCCCCAGUGGGCCUUGUACCAGUACCACAUCGACUACAACCCGCUGAUGGAGGCCAGGAGGCUCCGCUCAGCUCUUCUGUUUCAGCAUGAAGAUUUAAUUGGAAGGUGUCAUGCUUUUGAUGGAGCAAUAUUAUUUUUACCUAAAAGACUACAGCACAAGGUCACUGAAGUGUUCAGUCAGACCCGGAACGGAGAGCACGUGCGGAUCACCAUCACCCUGACCAACGAGCUCCCGCCCACGUCGCCCACGUGCCUGCAGUUCUACAACAUCAUCUUCCGGAGGCUCUUGAAGAUCAUGAAUUUACAACAAAUUGGACGGAAUUACUAUAACCCAAGUGACCCAAUUGAUAUUCCAAAUCACAGGUUGGUGAUCUGGCCUGGCUUCACCACCUCGAUCCUGCAGUACGAAAACAGCAUCAUGCUGUGCACGGACGUCAGCCACAAAGUCCUCCGCAGCGAGACCGUGCUAGAUCUCAUGUUCAACCUGUAUCGUCAGACAGAAGAGCAUAAAUUUCAAGAACAAGUUUCUAAGGAACUAAUAGGUUUAAUUGUUCUUACAAACCAGCCUCGGUGGUCUCACAGGUAUAACAACAAGACAUACAGAGUGGAUGACAUCGACUGGAGCCAGAGCCCGAGGAGCACCUUCCGGAAAGCAGACGGCUCCGAAGUCAGUUUCCUGGAGUACUACCGGAAGCAAUACAACCAAGAAAUCACGGACUUGAAGCAGCCGGUUUUGGUCAGUCAGCCCAAGAGGCGGCGAGGCCCCGGGGGCGCCCUGCCCGGGCCGGCCAUGCUCAUCCCGGAGCUCUGCUACCUCACAGGUCUAACCGAUAAGAUGCGGAACGAUUUUAACGUGAUGAAAGACCUGGCCGUCCACACGAGACUCACUCCGGAGCAAAGGCAGCGCGAAGUGGGGAGGCUCAUCGAUUACAUUCACCAAGAUGAUAAUGUCCAGAGGGAGCUUCGAGACUGGGGUUUGAGCUUUGACUCCAACUUACUCUCCUUCUCAGGAAGAAUUUUGCAAGCAGAAAAGAUUCACCAAGGUGGAAAAACAUUUGACUACAAUCCCCAGUUUGCAGACUGGUCAAAAGAAACAAGAGGUGCUCCAUUGAUUAGCGUUAGGCCGCUGGAUAACUGGCUGCUGAUCUACACUCGGAGAAAUUAUGAAGCCGCCAAUUCAUUGGUACAGAAUCUAUUUAAAGUGACACCAGCGAUGGGCAUACAAAUGAAAAAGGCAAUAAUGAUCGAAGUCGAUGACAGGACGGAAGCCUACCUGAGGGUCUUACAGCAGAAGGUGACGUCCGACACCCAGAUCGUUGUCUGUCUGUUGUCGAGUAAUCGGAAAGAUAAAUAUGAUGCUAUAAAAAAAUACUUGUGCACGGACUGCCCCACCCCAAGCCAGUGUGUGGUGGCGCGCACCCUCAGCAAGCAGCAGACGGUCAUGGCCAUUGCCACCAAGAUCGCCCUGCAGAUGAACUGCAAGAUGGGAGGGGAGCUGUGGAGGGUCGAUAUGCCCCUGAAGCUGGCGAUGAUCGUUGGCAUUGACUGCUACCAUGACACCACAGCCGGGCGGCGGUCCAUCGCAGGAUUUGUCGCGAGCAUCAAUGAGGGGAUGACCCGCUGGUUCUCGCGCUGCGUGUUUCAGGACCGAGGACAGGAGCUGGUGGACGGGCUCAAGGUCUGCCUCCAAGCCGCCCUGAGGGCCUGGAACAGCUGUAACGAGUACAUGCCCAGCCGCAUCGUCGUGUACCGGGACGGGGUCGGGGACGGCCAGCUCAAGACCCUGGUCAGCUACGAGGUGCCGCAGUUCCUGGACUGCCUCAAGUCCGUGGGCAGGAGCUACAACCCAAGGCUGACGGUGAUCGUGGUGAAGAAACGAGUGAACGCCCGCUUCUUCGCGCAGUCUGGAGGAAGGCUUCAGAACCCGCUUCCGGGAACGGUUAUUGACGUGGAGGUCACCAGGCCAGAGUGGUACGACUUCUUCAUCGUGAGCCAGGCGGUGAGGAGCGGCAGCGUGUCCCCGACCCACUACAACGUCAUCUACGACAGCAGCGGCCUGAAGCCCGACCACAUCCAGAGGCUGACGUACAAGCUGUGCCACAUCUACUACAACUGGCCGGGGGUCAUCCGUGUCCCGGCGCCUUGCCAGUACGCCCACAAGCUGGCCUUCCUCGUGGGCCAGAGCAUUCACAGGGAGCCCAACCUGUCCCUGUCCAAUCGCCUGUACUACCUCUGACCUCCGCAAGAGGGCGACACGCAGCCGUUCCUUCUGUGUGAAAUGGAACAUCGGGCUUUUUUAAAGCUUUUUAUUUCUUUUAGCUGUUACCUUUCUAGAUGAAGCUCGGAAGAGGAAUUAGGGGAUCUGGAGUCGUCUUUCUAGCAUUGCUAGAAAACUGCAAUUUUAUAUUUUAUCUUGUUUGCUUCUCAGAUACGUUAUGAGGAUUUUUUGUUUUGGGGGGAAAAAGUGGAUGAGAUACUUUGUAUCAUAAACAGACUUUCUUAAGCAACUUGAAAAGUGGGGAUUUGCUCGAAAGUACUUCCAGGACUGAGCAAGUCCUUUGUAAGCCUCAAUUAUCUUCUUUUUGAAAUCACUGAAAGGAGAGGAAGGUAGAGUGGGGUGCUCACCAGAACUGCAAGGUGGGGUUUUAUUUGGGAUCUGAUCUAUUUUAAAGAUUAGAGCGGUCGCUGAGUAGCCAGUAUGAGCUAUGGGGACGGAAGGAGGCUGUGGAGAGGCAGGGCUCGUUUUUUAUUUCAUUUUGGGGCUGGUGGAAUGGGGGUCAGAAGGAGAUAGUUGGAAAAUUUUUAAAUUUCUGUCCAAAGAAACAUUUUAAGACUCUUUAAGAAAAGAGUCAGUAAUCUAUAUUAACAUUACUAUUUUGUUCUGCACCUGCGGCAUUAUUCUACUUGUUGUAGGAUAAAGUUGGACUGUGACCUUAUUCAGGACCAGCACACGGGUUUUUGUUCCAUUUACUGUGUUUUCCUAAGGGCGGGGGAGCCCGCUGUCCGAGGCUGCCGGCCUUUCACAGACGCUGCGCUUGGGGUUCGAGAGCGCGAGCCGGGGUGCGGCCAGGCCG